UCAGUUUACUUAUAAAGUGACAAUCAUAGCCUAUAACGAUCGCAUUACAAUCACACGGUGGCGAUUGUGUGUAGAAAGAAAUACUUCUGUUCAAUAAUUGUGUUUAAAAAAAAAUUUGUUUUCCACUUAAACAAUAGAAAUAGAAUUAUUUAAAAAAUGCUUCGUUUAUUAAGAAAAAAUUUUGAAUUAACCCGCACAUUCGCAACAAAAAUUGGCCCUGUUCCCGAUGCAAAUCCACCGGUUUUAUAUUCAGGGAUUUUUAUAAACAAUGAAUGGCAUAAGGCGGAAUCGGGAAAAACUUUUCAGACUAUUAAUCCAACGACAGAGGAGGUAAUAGCUGAUGUUCAAGAGGGAGAUACGGUGGAUAUUGAUAAGGCCGUGAAAGCAGCGAGAAAAGCAUUUAAACUUGGUUCGGAUUGGAGAAAAAUGGAUGCCUCACAUAGAGGAAAACUAUUAAAUCGUUUAGCGGAUUUUAUAGAACGCGAUCAUAAUUAUAUUGCGUCUUUGGAAACAUUUGAUAAUGGAAAACCAUUUGCCUCUGCUUACGGUUUUGAUGUACCAAGUAGUAUCGCAACAUUAAGAUAUUACGCCGGCUAUGCGGAUAAAAAUCAUGGCAAAGUCCUUCCAAUGGAUGGUAAAUUUUUCGCCUACACAAAACACGAGCCUGUUGGUGUUUGUGGACAAAUUAUUCCAUGGAAUUUCCCCCUUUUGAUGAUGGCUUGGAAAAUUGCUCCUGCCUUGGCAACAGGCAAUACUGUAAUUUUGAAGCCAGCAGAACAAACGCCACUCACGGCAUUGUAUCUUGCACAAUUGACAAAAGAAGCUGGAUUUCCGGAUGGCGUUGUGAAUGUUGUUCCUGGUUUUGGAAAAGCCGGAGCACAUUUAGUGCAACAUAUGGACGUUGAUAAGGUUGCAUUCACCGGCUCAACGGAAGUGGGAAAAUUGGUGAAACAAGGCGCAGCAAUGAGCAAUUUAAAAAGAACAACACUCGAAUUAGGUGGAAAAUCGCCAAAUAUUAUUUUGGCUGACGCCGAUUUUGAUCAUGCCGUUGAAACAUCGCAUUUUGGUCUCUUCUUUAAUAUGGGUCAAUGCUGUUGUGCGGGUUCGAGAACUUUCGUCGAGAGUUCAAUUUACGAUAAAUUCGUUGAACGAAGUGCAGCAAGGGCGAAAGCAAGAACAGUUGGAAAUCCCUUCGAUUCGAAAAAUGAACAAGGUCCACAGGUGGAUGAAGAACAAAUGAAAAAAAUUCUGAGUUUAAUCGACACCGGUAAAGCUGAAGGAGCAAAUUUACUUUGCGGUGGCGAGAGAGUUGGUGAUAAGGGAUAUUUUAUUUCUCCAACUGUUUUCGCUGAUGUUAAAGACAACAUGACAAUUGCUCGAGAAGAGAUUUUUGGACCAGUACAACAAAUUUUGAAAUUCGAUAGUUUAGAUGAAGUUAUUGAGCGUGCAAAUAACACUGAUUAUGGACUAGCAGCGGCUGUUUUCACGAAAAAUAUCGAUAAAGCAAAUCAUUUAAUUCAGGGAUUGAGAGCUGGAACUGUUUGGGUGAACACUUAUAACAAUUUGUCACCACAAGUUCCAUUCGGUGGUUAUAAAAUGUCUGGUCAUGGAAGAGAACUUGGAGAAUACGGCUUGGAAGCUUACACUGAAGUUAAAAGUGUAAUUGUCAAAAUAAACGAGAAGAACAGUUAGAAGAAUUAACACAAAAAUCUCAUGGGAAGAGUACCUAUUUUAUCUCCUUUUUUCAGUGUCAUUUUUACACACUUUUGUAUUUGUAAAUCUAAAAUUCAAAUUUGUAAAAUGUAAUUUUUUUCUAGAAGAAUAUAUUUUCAUACUAAAGAGUUAAAUAUUUUUUAAAAAUAUAAUCAUUAUCGACUA